AAAAACUUCCGGUCAGGUGAAGCCACACUUUUUUUGUCUGCAACAUGGAGGGAACCUGUGGCAUGGAUGAGCCGGUUUCCAGGGAGGCGGCGUCUGUGGCAAAUGCUCUGUCUCUCCCAGCGGAGUCUUAUGGCAACGAUCCAGAUAUUGAGAUGGCCUGGGCUAUGAGAGCAAUGCAGCAUGCUGAAGUGUAUUAUAAGCUGAUUUCAUCAGUUGACCCGCAGUUCCUGAAACUCACAAAAGUGGAUGAUCAGAUCUACUCUGAAUUUCGGGAGCAUUUUGAGAAACUCAAAGUAGAUGUGUUGGACCCAGAAGAACUGAAAUCAGAAUCAGCUAAAGAGAAGUGGAGGCCAUUCUGCCUGAAGUUUGACGGUAUUGUAGAAGACUACAACUAUGGUACCUUGUUGCGGCUGGAUUGUUCUCAGGGCUACACAGAAGAAAAUACAAUCUUUGCCCCCAGGAUACAGUUUUUUGCCAUUGAAAUUGCUCGGAACCGAGAAGGCUGUAACAAAGCGGUUUAUAUCAGUAUUCAUGACAAAGAAGAAGUGAAGGGAGCCAAUGGAGGAGAACAUGGAGUAAUGGAAGGAGCUGACAGUGGAGGAGAAGAAGAGAAAGUAAAGAAAGGAGGAGAUAGUAGAGGAGAAAAAGAAGGAGUCACCAGAGGAGGACAAAAGGAAAAGUGACAAAGGCGGAGAAAAAAAAAGAAAGAAGCUGACGCAUCAUCCACAGCUGUGAAGAAUCUGUAUAAGGUAGACAGGGCCUAGGAGGCUGGAUGCUGAGACUCAAAUGGGGCUGUUGCAUGGUGCUCCUUGCCCAGACCCCUCUGGUAAAAUGUAUGUCCUGGUCAGUGGCAGGACACUCAAAGAUCAUCUGGCUAGCCUGAGAAUCAGGAGCUGCUCUGGUGAUUCCUUUGUAUGAAAUGACUCGGAAGACUACCAGUCAGGUCUUCGUUAAUUGUUACUUGAUGUGUUGUUUCUUGACUCAACUCCCGGCCAAGUAAAAAUCUUUGUAAAUGAA